GGGGGCUCCGCUCAAACAGUCCCCCCGACUUGGUCUAGGCUGCUGGCUGCAUUGCAGAGACAGAGCCAGCAGGUUGGGGUGUCCUGUGAAGGGAGGGGGGGGGUGGUGUCAGAGGAGGAGGCUUGGAGGAGUCGGCAGCAGCGGGCCAAGGAGGGAUGGAGUGACAGAGGAGGAGAGAGGAGGACGAGGAUUUAGGCUGCUGCUGCGAACUGGGGAUGCAGAGAGAAGCUGAUUCUGCAGCAGAGCGGCGAGGACGGCGGAGCUGAAGGAGAGCCGCAGCAGAGAGACUGAGCCGAGCCUGAGAGAGAGGAGCGAGUCCACCUCUGUGACCCUCAGACCUCACCUUCAGGACUCAUGCCUGGGACCGGGAGUCGGGAUGGAGGGCAGCCGAGUCUGGACUAACUGCAGCCCCAAGACUGCAGAGAGGACUGCAGCGGCAUCGCCUGCUGGCUGAACAGUCGGAUCAAUCCCAGCCGGGGGUUGGAGGGGCUCCGUGCCCCGGGACGGGACGGGACCGGUCCUGGGAGACGGAGGGAGGAGGGGGAGAAGGAGGCCGGCCCCCAGGCAGAGAGGAGGGUGGUGGUCUGAGCUGCCAGCUGUAUUUUUGGAUGCGGGAUCUCCUGAAUCAAGCGAGCGGGCUGGAAUAAAGAUUUAGUGUGAGCCGGAGGAGGGAGGGGGGGGCAGAACAAGGAGAGCGCUGUGCAUUGGAGAGGAGAAGGCUGGACGUCCCGGCUGGACGGGACGGAGAUCUAGGGGGGGAGACGAGCACAGAGGGUCCACUGGAUCAGGAAGAUGCCCUCUCGCUGCAGGAAUGCGCUGAACAUCGUGGUCACCACCCUGUUUGCUGCGGUGGUCCUCUUCACCAUCCUACUGGCCUACGUCACAGGGUACCAGUUCAUCCACACCGAGCAGCACCACCUCUCCUUCGGCCUCUACGGCGCCUUCCUCUCCCUCCACCUCUUCCUCCAGAGCCUCUUCGCCUUCCUGGAGCACCGGCGUAUGAGGAGCCCGGCCCGGCCUCAGCACCUGCGCCGCUCCGUGGCCCUCUGCAUCGCGGCGUAUCAGGAGGACCCGGACUACCUGAGGAAAUGCCUGCGCAGCGUGAGGCGGAUCUCCUUCCCGGGCCUGAAGGUGGUGCUGGUGGUGGACGGGAACCGGCCCGCGGACCGCUACAUGAUGGACAUUUUCCAUGAGGUGAUGGGCGGGGCGGAGCAGGCCGGCAGCAUGGUGUGGAGGGGCAACUUUCACAGCGACGGCGGCAAAGGUGGAGGUGUUGGGGCCGGGAGGAGGAGCGCAGUCCACAUGGAGGAGGCGGCCCGGGUGGCUCGGCUGGUCAGGGGCCAUCGCUACUCCUGCGUCAUGCAGGAGUGGGGGGGUAAAAGGGAGGUGAUGUACACUGCCUUCAAAGCGCUGGGAGACAGCGUGGAUUACGUCCAGGUGUGCGACUCCGACACUGUUCUGGACCCGGCUUGUACUAUCGAAAUGCUGAAGGUCCUUGAGGAAGAUCCACUGGUGGGAGGAGUCGGUGGGGAUGUACAGAUCCUCAACAAGUACGACUCGUGGAUCUCGUUCCUGAGCAGCGUGCGCUACUGGAUGGCCUUCAACAUCGAGCGAGCCUGUCAGUCCUACUUCGGCUGUGUCCAGUGCAUCAGUGGCCCGUUGGGUAUGUACAGGAACUCCUUGCUGCAGCGCUUCCUGGAGCCCUGGUACCAUCAAACCUUCCUGGGCUCCAAGUGCAGCUUCGGUGAUGACCGCCACCUGACCAACCGGGUGCUCAGCUUCGGCUACAAGACGAAAUUCACAGCGCGGUCACAGUGUCAGACAGAGACGCCCACACAGUAUCUACGCUGGCUCAACCAGCAGACCCGAUGGAGCAAGUCUUACUUCCGCGAAUGGCUCUACAACGCCCUCUGGUUCCACAAGCACAGUCUUUGGAUGACCUACGAGUCUGUGGUCACUGGCUUCUUCCCCUUCUUCCUGGUUGCAACAGUUAUCCACCUGUUCUACCGUGGGCGGCUCUGGAACAUACUGCUCUUCUUACUGACGGUGCAGCUGGUUGGGAUGGUGAAGGCCACCUACGCCUGCUUCCUGCGUGGAAGCCUCGUCAUGAUCUUCAUGUCGCUCUACUCUCUGCUCUACAUGUCAAGUCUGCUCCCUGCCAAAAUGUUCGCCUUGCUCACCAUCAACAAGGCUGGCUGGGGAACCUCUGGCCGCAGAAAGAUUGUGGUCAACCUCAUUGGUGCUGUGCCGGUCACAGUUUGGGCCCUGGUGCUGCUCGGGGGUGUGGUGUAUACCAUCUACUGUGAAACCCAGGAGCCGUUCAGCGAAAUGGAGAAGGCCUUGUUGAUAGCAGGGACAGUACUCUAUGCUUGCUAUUGGCUCGUUCUGCUGGUGCUGUACUUGGCGAUCGUAGCAAAACGAUGCAACAAGAGGGAAGAGCAGUAUCACCUGCCGUACGCAGAGUCCUGAACCGCGGCAACCGAAUGGACGUCCGUGCCAGGCUUCACUACAUUUUGACUCUAGUAAAGUAGAGCAAAGAGCUGGGAUCUUCAUCACUGGUGCUACAGAGAUGUGAAUCUGAAUUCUGAGAAAUGGUGCUUCCCUCUGUUUUCAUUCAGGUCAUACGGUGUUCAGAUGGUCAUACAGGUAGCCUUUGAACAGAAAUUAAUAGGAGACCUUUGAUAUUUCC